AUGUGCCGUCUCACCUCGGUACUUGCAGGAGACGUACGGCCAAUUCAAGCACAAGAUCGACGUGCGGAUCUGGCUUUGAGACGUCUCAAAAGUAAUCAUUCCCUUGUGUGCCACCUAACCGCGUCCUUGCAGGAAACGUAUGGCCAAUUCAAGGACAAGAUUGAUGUGCGAAUCUGGCGACGUGGCGGGCGAGCAUUGGACAAGGCGUUUGCACAGAAGCUGUUCAACGUGAUCAACGACAGGGAGGACAUCCUCCGACGCUUGAUACGCAACUGCGCUUAUCUCAAAUACGUGGAGGGGCGGCUGGGGGAUAGAGUACUACUAGCUGAUGAGAUCCUGAGGGACGGUUUCUGUGUCAACCUAGCCGACACGCCCCUGUGCCCUCUCAACACAGUAACCAAUCUGCAAGAAGCCGUGUGGGAUGCUGACGUCAUCAUCAACGGGCUGCCGUCCACCGAGACCAGAUCCGUUUUCCGCCAGAUCGGGCUGUUCUGGCGGGAGAGACGGCGGCCGCCAGCUGUCAUCGUGUCAUUGGCCAAGGGCGUGGAGGCUGCUAUGGAGCCUGAGCCGCACAUCGUGACACCGACGCUCAUGAUUCACCAAGAGACUGGCGUCCCUAUGGAGAACAUACUGUACCUCGGAGGCCCUAAUAUCGCAGCUGAGAUUUACAAUAAAGAGUACGCCAACGCGCGCCUAUGUGGCGCCGCCACGUGGCGCGUUCCCAUGGCAGCGUUCCUUCGCCAGCGCAACUUCGCAGUAUGGGACAACAGCGACCUAGUCACCCACGAGGUCAUGGGUGGUCUCAAGAAUGUCUACGCGAUCGGGGCGGGGAUUGUUGCCGGGUCGACGCGGGACAGCGCGACGUCAAAAUCGGUGUAUUUCGCUCAUAGCACCAGCGAGAUGAUCUUCGUUACACACUUGCUAACAAAGGAGCCGGAAAGGCUUGCCGGGCCGCUAUUGGCCGACACGUAUGUGACUCUAUUGAAGGGAAGGAACGCGUGGUAUGGGCAGCAGCUUGCGGAGGGGAGGCUGACGGCGGAGAUGGGCGAUAUGGUGGAAGGCAAGGGGCUGAUUCAGGGAGUGUCAGCAGUGGCGGCCUUUUACACGGUGCUGAGUGAGCCGGCCUACAAGGUGCCCCACCCCGUAACCAACGAGCUUGUGGCGCCCAUCGAGCUCUGCCCUAUCCUGCAGACGCUCUACCACAUUCUGCACGUGUGGGAUCUCCCAUGUGAAGCCAUUCUGGACAUGCCAAGGGAUGAGAACAUGGAUGACCCCUGCUUGUCUAAACCCCCUCCACCCACCCCCCCUCCCUCCACUCCCACAACACCCAUCUUCCUCCAUUCUGGACAAACUAAGGGACGAGAACAUGUACGACCCGGCAUAGCGCAUACCAACGUCUUCCUCUGUCCGUUUCCUCCCCCCCCGCCCCAUCCCCUUCUCUCCCCCAGUAACCUCCCAUGCGAAGCCAUUCUGGACACACUAAGGGACGAGAACAUGUACGACCCGGCGCAGCGCAUAGCCUCUGCACCGGAGCGGUGUUAUGUGUCCAAACUGCUGGACCAGCACCCCAGCAGCAACGACUUGAGUGAUGCUGCUGCUCAGGCUGUGAACGCAUUGAGACUGUGA